GAGGUGGUUGGAGGCGAGGCCGCUUGUUUUCUCGUGGGCUCGAACUCGCGCGCUCUGUUCCCUCCCCCCCGGCGAGCGGUGGGGCGGAGAAACGACGGCGGAGGCAGCGGCGGCGGCUGUAACAGUGGACGCCCUCCUGUCUCCUCUCCGGCAAACGGUUCCUCUUUCCCCUCCCUCUCACUGUUUGUUGUGUGUUUGAUGUGUUAAAGCAGGAGCGAGCAGCGCCAUGAGCAACACUACCGUCGUCCCCAGCACUGCGGGCCCGGGCCCCAGCGGCGGGCCGGGUGGCGGCGGCGGCGGCGGCGGCGGCACCGAGGUAAUCCAGGUGACUAAUGUCUCCCCGAGCGCUAGCUCUGAGCAGAUGCGGACCCUCUUCGGUUUCCUAGGCAAGAUCGACGAACUGCGCCUCUUCCCGCCGGAUGAUUCACCUUUGCCGGUCUCAUCCCGUGUCUGCUUUGUUAAAUUCCAUGAUCCGGACUCAGCAGUUGUGGCACAGCAUCUGACAAACACUGUAUUCGUUGACAGAGCAUUGAUAGUCGUACCAUAUGCAGAAGGAGUUAUUCCUGAUGAGACUAAGGCUUUGUCUCUGUUGGCACCAGCUAAUGCAGUGGCAGGUCUUCUGCCUGGUGGUGGACUCCUGCCUACUCCUAACCCACUUACCCAGAUUGGCGCUGUUCCAUUGGCUGCUUUGGGAGCUCCUACCCUUGCUGCACUUGGGCUUCCUGGAGCAAACUUGAACUCUCAGUCUCUUGCUGCAGAUCAGUUGCUGAAGCUUAUGAGUACUGUUGAUCCCAAGUUGAAUCAUGUAGCUGCUGGUCUUGUUUCACCAAGUCUGAAAUCAGAUACCUCUAGUAAAGAAAUAGAGGAAGCCAUGAAGAGAGUACGAGAAGCACAGUCCCUAAUAUCUGCUGCCAUAGAACCAGAUAAAAAAGAAGAAAAACGAAGGCACUCAAGAUCAAGAUCACGCUCUAGGAGGAGGAGGACUCCUUCAUCUUCUAGACACAGGCGGUCAAGAAGCAGAUCUAGAAGGAGGUCACAUUCUAAGUCAAGGAGUAGGCGACGAUCCAAAAGUCCCAGACGGAGAAGAUCUCAUUCCAGAGAGAGAGGUAGAAGGUCAAGGAGCACAUCCAAAAACAGAGACAAAAAGAAAGAAGACAAAGAAAAGAAACGUUCCAAAACACCACCAAAAAGUUAUAGCACAGCCAGACGGUCCAGAAGUGCAAGCAGUUUGUACAUUUGUGGUCCUAGAGAGAGACGACGUCGACGAAGCAGGAGUGGCACAAGAUCUCCUAAAAAGCCCAGGUCUCCGAAAAGAAAAUUGUCUCGCUCACCGUCCCCUAGGAGGCAUAAAAAGGAGAAGAAGAAAGAUAAAGACAAAGAAAGAGGCAGAGAUGAACGAGAACGAUCAACAAGCAAGAAGAAGAAAAGUAAAGAUAAAGAAAAGGAUCGGGAAAGAAAAUCUGAGAGUGAUAAAGAUGUAAAACAGGUUACACGGGAUUAUGAUGAAGAGGAACAGGGGUAUGACAGCGAGAAAGAGAAAAAAGAGGAGAAGAAACCAACAGAACCAGUUUCCCCCAAAACAAAAGAAUGUUCUGUGGAAAAGGGAACUGGUGAUUCCCUGAGAGAAUCCAAAGUGAAUGGUGAUGAUCAUCAUGAAGAAGACAUGGAUAUGAGUGACUGAAUAUGGCCUCCAUAAGAAUCCACCUGUAUACAUGCAUCAGUGUCAUUCCUUUGUGUGAUAUCUUCAUGCUGUAUUUGUUCAUCUCAAACCUUAGAUGUAUACAGCUCUGAGCUAUAAAUGGUUAUAACGCUCCUGUAAUUGAUAUUAUUUACAUCCAAAAGUUUUUAGAAAAUGCUAUGUGGGUAACCAAUUCUUGAUGUGGUGAAAUCUGAUUGAGUAACCAAGCAGCUUGACUAUUCUGGUGCUGCUUCAUAGCAGAAGUGAAAAGCUGCAUGCAUCUACAGCAGGCAUGGAUUGUUUAUGUUGUAUAAUCUCCUUUAUUAAGUAAGUUCACUUAUAGUAUUUCUAGAAUUUGAUUCAUUGCCGUAAUAGAGCCAUGUAGGGAAUGCACUGAUUGCAUGUUAGUUGUGGCAGGAAUAUCCUCAAUGUCAUUAAAAUCCUCCAACAUGAUGGAUCUACUUAUGGUCUUGUUUGUUGAUAUGACAAGUUAACAUUCUUAUAGUUACAUCUGGAAAUAAGCAUUUGAAAUAGAUAAUCCUUUAAGCCUUGUGGCUGAAAUUUUGUGGCUUUUGUUUAACUUUGAAAGGUUAUAUAUGCACUAACCUUUUUUGAUGGCUGCUUAGGCUUUAAUUACAGAAACAAGAUUUCAAAUGAAACUGUCUUUGGCAGUGAGUAAAUAGCAUAUUUUGGAGUAGAGUUGUAUACUUUUUCAUAAGGUGUUUGGGAAUUUUUUUCCCUGAAAUAAUUUAUUUCACACCUACAUCAUUAAAAGCUAUCUGCCUAUCCGGAGUCCAUCUAUAAAAAAAAGACUUAUCUCUUGUCCUAAUUUUCAAUUUUUCACUUUUAUUAAUUUGUUUUAAUCUCAAUGUUGGAAAAAGGGGGUAGUGCAUUUUAAAUUGACCAUAUGCUUUUAAAGUGAGACAAAUGUACUUGAUAAUGUACUUUUUAUUUGAUCUCAAGUUGUGUAAAACCAAUAAAUUUGUGUUACUGUUACUGCAGUAGUAAUCUUAUGCCCACAGUGAUUCCAUGUUAAAUGCAAAGUAGUUUAGGCAACUGUUUUCUUAGUUACAGGAGUUUCCAGCUUCACUUUUGUGCAGUAAAAACAAAAGUAGGCUACAGUCUGUGCCAUGUUGAUGUACAGUUUCUGAAAUUGUUUUACAAGUCUUUGAUAAUAAAACCCUUAAACCUAUGUUCAUGUUCCUGUAAAACCGUAUUUGUAUUUAUUUACAAGCUGUUGAAUGUAUGACAUUUACCUCAUUCAUUUUACAAAUCAAGUCCUUUCCCCUACAAUCUACAUAUUUACUAUACAAUCCAUCACUGUAGUGAUUAGUUACCAUCAGAAUGAUCAAAGUUGCUUUAAUUUCUAAAACAAUCUAUUUCUUAGUAUAAAUUUCUCAUAUUUUGGGUGUAGGAAUUGGGUUGAGUAAAGUAACUGUAGGAUAAAUGAUCCCACCUAUAUCUACUAAAUUUAUAUUUUCAGUGAAAUAUUUGCCUUUGCUGGACUAGUAUAGCAAUUCAAUGGUAUGUAUCUACUGUACAAUACUAAAUAUUUAUUCAUUUAUGAAAUGAGUAGUGUUAGAGUGGCUGGGAUUAAGGGGGAAAUGAGACUUGGAAGUAUAGCUCUUAUCCAAGUCUGAUAAUUUUUUUAACUUUUAAAAUUGAAAUGCCAUAUAGAAAGCAGCAUUGUUUUUACAGUUUAUAGUAAGUAACUUUUUAAAGAUUUUAUCCAAAGGAAUUUUGUCUAUAGUUAUGAAGUUCUAGUAAUGGCCCUAAUAGUCAUUUUAAAACUGUUGAACAGAAGUGACAUUUACUGAAACCUACAAAAACUUUCUUAGUAGGUGAUGAUUGAACCAUAUGACUGCCAUUUUUGUAAAUCAAAACAAAAUGUUGGCAGUUUCACCUGGUUAAACCUAGUAUUAGUCUGUUUCCUCACUUGUAAUCUCUGAAUACAAAUAUACUUAACUUUUCAAAAGGGAUUAAGUUUUGGGCUAUAAAAUAGUGUCACUGAUGUAAAAUGCAGUGAAGGGAACCCGUACCUAGGUUAUUUUUCAGUGAACAUUUUAUACACAAUGGUAAGGUUGCACAGGACACAAGCCUUUAACACAAUCAGUUGAAACCAAGUGAAUACUGACUGCUUCCACACUUGAGUUUUGUUCUGUAUUUAGUAGUAAAUGAUUAAAAAAA